GCCUAGGUGCUGUCCACCGACCAGAUAAUGUGAGUGCGACUUCAAUGAGUGUGUGGUGAUGUUCUUAAUUGACGGAGUUAAAGGGAGCAGUUCUUCAAAGGGGACAGCUUUCGUUGAACUUUAAUUAAAAUACUUUGACUCGUAACUCUCCACUAUUUAGAACGAAGAUGCAACGAUGACCCAAUCUCGGCCAAACGAGUUCAUUGCUCCACCGGAGUGUCCUGUUUUUGAGCCCACUUGGGAGGAAUUUGCCGACCCAUUUGCGUAUAUCAACAAAAUACGGCCUAUUGCAGAGAAAACUGGCAUCUGCAAGGUCCGACCGCCGAAGGAAUGGCAGCCACCGUUUGCGUGUGAUGUGGACAGACUUCACUUCACUCCCCGGAUCCAGAGACUUAAUGAAUUGGAGGCUCAAACCAGAGUCAAGCUCAACUUCCUGGAUCAAAUCGCAAAGUUCUGGGAGCUACAAGGGUGCACCCUGAAAAUCCCUCAUGUGGAAAGAAAGAAUCUGGACCUGUACCAACUCAACAAGUUGGUGAACGAUGAUGGGGGUUUUGACGCGGUUUGCAGGGAUAGACGCUGGUCUAAGAUAGCCCUAAAGAUGGGCUUUGCUCCAGGCAAGGCCAUAGGCUCUCAUCUGCGCUCUCACUAUGAGAGGAUCCUCUACCCCUACAACCUGUUCCAGACUGGAGCCAACCUUCUGAAGCCUACCCUGACCAAUGACACCAAGGAUACGGACUACAUCCCCCAUGACCUGCCCCAGCGCCAGUCUGUCCAGCCCCUGGAGACUUGCAGCAUCGCUCGCAGAGCCAAGCGCAUGAAAGCUGAGGGAGGCUGUAUGAAGACUGAGACAGCGGAGGACUGUGAGAACCGGCCCAACCUCAGGCGGAGGAUGGGUUCCUAUGUGGCCAAGCCAGAGCCACAGCUCGUGCUAGUGAAACCUGUUGAGUUGAAACUGGAACCCACUGAGCACGAGGAUCCAAUAACAAGUGACAAAGAAAGCGUGUUUAGUAAGAAAAACGACCCCGCAGUGGAUCAGUACAUGUGUCUGGUGUGUGGCAGCGGGAGCGAAGAGGACCGCCUGCUGCUGUGUGAUGGCUGUGAUGACAGCUACCACACCUUCUGUCUGAUCCCGCCCCUCCAUGAUGUCCCCAAAGGAGACUGGAGAUGCCCCAAGUGCCUGGCUCAGGAGUGUGGCAAACCCCAGGUAGCCUUUGGCUUCGAGCAGGCUGGCAGGGACUACUCCCUACGCACUUUUGGGGACAUGGCUGACUCCUUCAAGUCAGACUAUUUCAACAUGCCGGUUCAUAUGGUUCCCACAGAGCUGGUGGAGAAGGAGUUCUGGCGACUGGUCAGCACCAUUGAGGAGGACGUCACUGUGGAGUACGGAGCAGACAUCGCCUCCAAGGAGUUUGGGAGCGGCUUCCCCAUCAGGGGUGGACGAUUCCAAGUCUCCCCUGAGGAUGAGGAUUACCUAAGCAGUGGCUGGAACCUGAACAACAUGCCCGUGAUAGACUCCUCGGUGCUGACUCAUGUUACGGCUGACAUCUGUGGGAUGAAGUUACCCUGGCUGUAUGUGGGCAUGUGCUUCUCCUCCUUCUGCUGGCACAUUGAGGACCACUGGAGCUACUCCAUCAACUACCUGCACUGGGGAGAGCCCAAGACGUGGUACGGCGUUCCGGGGUAUGCUGCGGAGAAGCUGGAGGGGGUGAUGAAGAAACUGGCCCCCGAGCUGUUCGAGUCUCAGCCUGACCUCCUGCACCAGCUGGUCACCAUCAUGAACCCCAACACACUCAUGAACCACGGUGUCCCCAUCUAUCGCACCAAUCAGUGCGCUGGCGAGUUUGUCAUCACUUUCCCUAGAGCCUACCACAGCGGAUUUAACCAGGGCUUCAACUUUGCUGAGGCUGUCAACUUCUGCACCAUGGACUGGAUGCCCAUGGGCCGCAUGUGUGUGGACCACUACCGACAGCUGGACAGGUACUGUGUCUUCUCCCACGACGAGAUGGUCUGCAAGAUGGCGUCCAAGGCAGACACCAUGGACGUGGCCCUGGCCUCGGCCGUGCAGAGGGACAUGACCGUCAUGCUCCAGGAGGAGGACAAGCUGAGGGACAAAGUCAGCAAGAUGGGCGUGCAGCAGUCCCAGCAGGUGGAGUACGACCUGCUUCCAGACGAGGAGCGCCAGUGUUCCAGGUGCAGGACCACCUGCUACCUGUCUGCCCUCACCUGUCCCUGUAACCCUGGCCAGCUGGUGUGUCUGCACCACGCCCAAGACCUCUGCUCCUGCCCCCCCAACAACCUCACACUCAACUUCAGGUUUACCAUGGCUGAGCUCUACCCCAUGAUGGAAGCAGUCACUCUGCGUGCCGAGUCCUACACAGGCUGGGUCUCCCAUGUCACUAACAUACUGGAGGCCAAACAAGACAAGAAAAGCAGCUUGGAGAUGCUGCGAUCACUGGUGGAGGAUGCGGCGGUGAAGCAGUUCCCUCAGAGUGACCUCCUACGGCAGCUCUGCGCUGUUACCCUGGAUGCUGAGAAGUGUGCCGUGGUGGCCCAGCAACUGCUCAAUGGGAAAAGGCAGACCAGGUAUCGUUCAGGUGGAGGGAAGUCCCAGAGCCAGAACCUGUUGACGGUGGAGGAGCUCAGGUCGUUUGUCAGGCAGCUGCACAAGCUGCCCUGCAGCAUCCGCCAGGCCCCCUUACUCAAGGACCUGCUUACCCGCGUGGAUGACUUCCAGCAGCGCAGCGAGCGGCUCCUCAGUGACGUGGCCCCCAGGCCAGCGGAGCUGCAGAGCCUGCUGGACGUGAGCCUGAGCCUGGAUGUGGAGCUGCCCCAGCUAAGCCUGCUCAGGGAGAGGCUGGAGCAGGCACGCUGGCUGGAGGUGGUUCAGGGGGCCAGCAGCCAGCCCCACAGCCUCUGUCUGGACACCAUGCGGAGGCUGAUAGACCAGGGGGUGGGUCUGGCCUCGCAUGCCUUGGUGGAGAGAGCUAUGGCGCGCCUGCAGGAGCUGCUUACCAUGUCUGAGCACUGGGAGGAGCGGGCGCUCAGCCUCAUGGAGACCAGGCCCUGUCACUGUGUGGAAACUCUUGAGGCAGCUCUGCAGGAGGUGGCUAGUAUCCCUGCUUAUCUGCCCAACUGUCUGCUGCUGAAGGACACGGUGGACCAGGCUAAAGACUGGCUUCAGGAAGCAGACACCCUGCAGCUGGGAGGCCGUAUCCCUGUGCUGGAUACCCUGACUGACCUGGUGUCCCGGGCCAAGACCAUCUCUGUCUGGCUGGACCCUCUGGCUCGACUGGAGGCCCUGGUCUCUGACGUGCAGGCCUGGAAGGAGAGCGCCGCCAAAACCUUUCUAAUGAAGAAUUCCCCUUACUCCCUGCUGGAGGUGCUGUGCCCCCGGUGUGAGGCUGGGACGGGGUCUCAGAAGUCAAAGUCUAAAAGGGCAAAGGAUGUGGCCCAGUGCAACAAGAGAAGUGGAACUUGGCUGGACUGCCUGAGUGAUGUGGAGAAUGCCCUCUUAGAGAGCAAGGACUCCGCCUCUGCUAUGGCCACUCUAGCCGAGGUACGUCAGAAGGAGAUGGAGAGUCUGCUGGCUCUCAGGGCCUCCAAUGAGUCCAAGCUCCUCCAAGCGGGCGACUGCGGGGCGUUGAGGGUGUGCGUGUGCCACAAUGCCCCGUUGGGCGCCAUGCUGCAGUGCGAGCUCUGCAGUGACACCUUUCACCGCAGCUGUGUCUCAGGCUCCAACCAGGACCCCCAACCCAACCAUGCCUGGCUGUGUCCCCAUUGCCGGCGCUCUGAAAAGCCACCUCUGGACCGGGUGCUUCCCCUGCUGGCCUCCCUGCAGCGCAUCAGGGUGCGGCUGCCUGAGGGAGAUGCCCUACGCUUCCUCAUCGAGAGGACAGUCCGCUGGCAGCACCGCAUGCAGCAGGCCUCCGCAGAGGGGCUGCUGGGGGUGUCUCUGAUGACAUCACAUCAGCGCUGGGGCUCAUCCAGUCCCAUCUCGGCUCCAUCUCGGGAAACAUACAGCGCAUCAUUUUACAUGGAUCACCAGUGCAUUCCUCUACAGGGACUGAGCCCUGAGCUGGAGGAGCUGAUGGUGGAGGGCUUCCUGCUGCAGGUGACUCUGCCUGAGACCCAGCAGCUGUACAUGUCCCUCAGCAGACUGGACUCCCACAACCUCACAGACAGCCCCUCUCCCCAGCACAGCACAGAGCAGGACCAACACCAGCACAACCCUCAGGGAGGGAGCCCCCCUCACAUCCAGAACGGCGUAGCCUGUCUCAAGAAGGAGGCUGUGAACGGCAAGCGGACCAAGCGGUGCAUGGAGGAGGGCUCUGAGCGCAAGGACAAAGCCAAGAAGCCCCGCAAGAAGAAGCCCAAGAUGAACAAGGAGAGGAGCCAGGAGGCCAAGGGGACCUGUUCACCCACCGCCACUCACUCUGACCUCUCCCUGUCGGACUCUGAUGAAGACUUCACCCUGUGCGCUGCACAGUGGUGCAGAGAGCCAGAGGGGAAACAGGUGAAUUGGGUCCAGUGUGAUGGCAGCUGCCAGCAGUGGUUCCACCAGAUCUGUGUGGGAGUGUCUGCAGAGCAGGCAGAGAAAGAGGACUACAUCUGUAUCAGCUGCACACAGCCAGACCACACCAGGGAGUGAAGACCAGUUUUAAAGGGUCAUCCGUUUUAGUUUAGUCACAGCUCUGGGUGUAUAACCACCCAGUUAUUUCCCUUCCCCAUUCUCAGCUAUGCUCUGGCACCACCACCUCAUUGACCUUCCUGAUCUAGCUCUUCUUGGUGACAACAGUGCUCCUUCCUCCUCCUUCCCAGCCCAAACUGCUUUUCAGAGCUAUUGAGACUCUUCCAUUGCUGUUUUGUUAUAGUGGCUGGCUUUAUACAGCCAAUCAACUUCAUCUUUCCAAUCAUCAACAACAUGAUGCAGAUUGUACUGCGCGAGAUUCCAACUGUUUACGAAGCAGAAUGAAGUGGAGGAAACAGGACAUUUUCACUUGACUGACUUUACUUGCAUGUGUAACAAGACAACGCAGGGAUUUUUCAACCAGAAGAAGUCAAUUGGACAACAUUUUUGGAACCCAGUUUUUGUACAUGCAUCUGAACAACAAUGUGAACCUUUUUUCUUCUCUUGUAGAGCUAAUAUUAUUUAUCUGAGCAAUAACUGAAUUGUUAAUUUGAGUUCAGUUUGUCUGAGCUAUGUUUGUGCUUAGAAAUGGGUCUAUACUAUAGAACCUAUAGAGCGCCCUUGUAGGUUGAAAGUGAUAUUUGACUUGCAACAUGGCUAACAUAAGGAACUGUGUGAAUUAACUGCCACGGGUAUCAUUAGACUUUUUUCCUCCUUUGGGUAAAUAUGAUUAAUGCGUUGCAGUUUGCAUAAGAAAUAAAAUAAUUUGUUCCCACAAGUAUGUUGUCUGUAUUUUCUCAGUGUAGAAGCUAUCCUAACUCAAGUAGGCAUUUAAUAUCUGAGUUCCAUUUAAUUAUCUGAAGAAUAAUGGGAUUAUAAUGGCUGAGAAUAAUCCACUGGUGUACUGUGAGUGGGCUAAACAUGAUACAUGAGAUAUUUGCUACUUUCAAAUAUGUAGGAUUAUAUCAUCCAAAAACAACUUUCAAAAAUUCCUACUGUACAUGUCAACAAGCCCUACUGUUAACAUUCUAAUCUUCCAAUAAAAUAUUACAAAUUGUA